AUGCAAAAGCCUUAUCCGUGUUGACACCUUUCCCUAUAACGUCUCUAGCUUCAUCAUCCCGAUCUCAGUCUUACUCUCUUUCAACGACACUGAAUAUCGAAAUACCUCCUUCACUCGUACUUUCUGCUUUUUGUUCCCAUGGCGACCGCUCUGGCUUGCUCUCUCUCCGUUCCCAUCCGUUCCUCAUCCGGAUCUUCCUCCUUCAGAAAACCUGAAUCCAAUGGCCAAAAACCUGUUUCUUCGCCCUCCUGGUGGACCCCGCUCUUCGGCUGGUCUUCAGAUCCCGAUUACCUCAACAACGUCGCCGCUAACAGUAUUAGUUUCGACUCCAACAAACCGACCGCGAUGCCCGAUCGGAUCGGGGAGCGUCGGCUGGAUCAGUCGAGAUCGAGAUUCGCGCUCGGUUCGUUCACGGAGGAGAAAGCGAAGCGGCUUCGAAGGAAGACGCUGGAGAGCUCUUCGUUUCACGAUAAAAUGUACCACUCAGCUAUUGCGUCUCGUCUUGCGACCGACACCCCCGAGAACUGAGGAUUCUCGGAGCUCCGGUAAGUCGUCGCUGCCGGUGCUAGAUCUAUCUUGCCCUAAAAUUUGUCGAAAUGAGAAGUUAGAAUAUUGUGUAUUGUCGUUGAUCUGUCACCGAUUUGCUGACGUGGCAAUCUGUUGACUAAGUUUAGUACAUGAUCAUCAGUGGUUGCAACGUCAACUUCCGGAUUUGGAUUGGAUGGCAGGCACCCACUGAGCUAUUAUAUAAUUUAGUUGUGGAUUUGUUAUUUUUA